GACAUCGUAAGAGAGUCGUAAGUCGUAAGCAGUCCGUGUCGCGUGUUGUACCGGUUGUACCGGUAUAUGUUGCACGUGUCUAUGAAUGCGCACGUUGUACAAUCUCGUAAAUCUUUACCGGUUAUAUUGAAUUGAUAUUAAUUUUGAUGAGUUAAUGUUGUGACGAAAGGAAAAUAACCUCAUUUGGCAAUGGCGACAUCGUUAGCAGCGCAACUUAAAAAAUUAAGAACUCCGCAGACGAAUUUACUGCUGCAGGAUAAAAAGCGUGCUAGCUUGCUGUUUGACCCAAAGGAGGCUGCAAAUUUGGACCGGGACACAGUCUUAAGUAUAGGACAAAGUGGUUUGGAAGAAUUACAGAAACUUUCAAAGAUAUUUGAUGAAUUUCAAGGUACAUUAUUUGCCCAGAGUUCUGUAAAUUUUGAGAGAGCUGUCCAGGAUGCAAUAAUAAAUAAGCAACUGGAUGCAAACAUCGCAAAAUUUUUAUUAUUUGUAACUCCAUACUUUUUACAUAAUGCCUGUCACAAAGCUUUGGAAUGGCUUGUAUAUAGAUACCACAUUCAUCAUUAUAAUCGAGAACAGUUUAUUCUUCUCAUUCUGCCAUAUCAUGAGACUCGUAUAUUUGUUAGAGCUUUGCAACUGGUGGAUUUGUCAGACGAGAGCGAUAAGUGGCACUGGCUAAAACCUGUACAGACAAGCGGUUUGAUUCUACCUUCCGAAAUUCUUGUUAAACGUUUGGUUUCGGACAAUGGAUUUUUGAAGACAUUAUGUACUCAUGUGACAUUUGCCACAAAGACUUAUUCUGAUCAAGCAACUUGCCUGACCACCUUGUAUGCUUUUUACACUGUCUCAAUAUUAGGCAUGAUCGAACUAAUGUCCAUUACCGAAGUUCAAGUGAACUACUUAUUGCCAGCCCUUCUUCAUGGCUUGAAAAGUUUUAUUCCUGAUUUUGCUGCCAGCAGCUAUAUGAUUAUUACGAAACUGAUGUCAAAGGCAAAAUUGAAUGACGAUACUGUGGAAAAGUUGUUGUUGAAGACGUUUAAGAAGACACAUAAAGACUUGCAACAGGAAGCUGUCACUUUUCUUCUUUAUUUCUAUCAAUCUCCGAUUAAUCGAUUGACUGUCGUACCGCAAAGUUUAGUCUACCAACUCUCCGAACUACCUUGGUUUGUCGAAACAGUUGCCAAGGUUCAUUCAUCGGGUACUAAUACGUCACGAUUUCUCGUAUCUUUUCUUCAAGCAGCUUGUCAGAUUGUUGGUGAAAAUUCUGCGAACACCAGUAAUGUGCAAAACAUGAUUGGCAGUAUGUUAGAGCACAUUAAACUUGAUAGCGAGGCGGUGGACGCUAUUUUAUCUGGUAUAUUAACAUGCGAAUUAUUGAAGAAUGAAACUUCUAAAAACGCGAAAGACUUCUUAGCGAGAUUCUAUCAGAGUUUUGAGCGUAGCUAUCCAGAAAAUUUUGAUAGGUAUCUGAAGAAGUUGAUGAAUAAGGACGAGGAUGACGAAAAUUCUAAACAAGCGUUACAAUUUCUUACUUCACGGCCUUUCGGUACCAAAGACACACAGGAAUCUGUUGAAAUUUUGAACAAACUGACUCACAUCAACGCCGCGCAACGAGUGAUCGCUCUCGAAAUUCUUGCGAAGAACAACGUGAAUGUGCCCGAGAACUUUCGCGGUAUAAUGACGAGUACUCUUCAAGCUAGAUUUUAUGAUAAUGACGUAAACGUUGUGAAGAUUCUACUAUCUUUUCCUACAAAGAAGUUGAUCAGUUUAUUACCCACAGACACUCUGGUGGAUGAGUUAUUGGUUCUGUUAUCAACUUGUCAUACGACAUCGAGGAAAGCGUUAGCUAAGCCAGCUCUAAAAAUACUCUUAGAUCUAUGUGAAGAGAGUGACGAUACCAGUGUUUUCAUCACGGCUUUACCGUACUUAUUUCCUGCCACAGAUGAGGAUGUGGAAAUCGCACUGGAAGUUCUUCGCUCAAACUUCGCUAAGAAUAGUAUAUAUAUGCAGCGUAUGAUAGAAGACAUCAACAAAUCCAAACGUUUGAACGCCGAAGCAGUGUCUUCUGCCGCUUUUCACAAUAUUCUAAAAUUUGAACUGCUACCACCCACGAAGAAUAUACUAAAUUCCAUGCGGCAACAAAUGUUGCAUGGCGACGCAGCGUCUCUGUUUUUUAACAUGAUCCUACUAGGAUCCGUCUGCAGGGUACCUGUAGGCUGUUUGUCGGCUACAACAGCACGAGAAGUUAUCGAGAUAACCACAGAGAUGAUCAAGACGUAUUCACGUGUUAAAGUAUUGCGUGACUGCAAUAAUAUCAAUGGCAAUAAUAUUCAAAUGGCUCUGAAGUUAACGUCUGAGGGAGUCUUGCCGCUUCAGGCAGGUACAUACGUCCUUGAAAUGGUGCACAGACGACUGAACAUCAAGUCCGAAUCAAAACUCGACUUUGAUAAUAAUGCAGAGCGAAGCAAUCUAAUUUUGCGGCUUUUAGAGAUGUAUAUUGAAGGCAUGAACAAACCAAAAUGGCAGAAGCACUACUCUAGAUGUUUACAAAUCUUUUUUCAACUAUAUUUUUCUACAGUGGAGAAUCUUAUCUGCUUUCUUGCACAGUUCUAUGCAGAACCCGUUAAGAUACAAAUGUCCUAUCACUGUUUGCAAAGUUCCUUGCUGUUGCUAAAUAAGUGUAAACACGUCCAAUGGGCAUUUCAAGAUCAGGAAUUCAUAACUAAUUUGCUACUUUCGUUAACGAGACGUAACGAUGAAUGUAGAAGAGUGGCGGUCGAAAUUGUAAAGAAACUAACACAAACCUUUAAUCUCAACGCGGAACCGUUCUUCGUAUUGCUGCAGAAACUGGCGACAGAAGGUGCCAAGAUCUGCAGUGAUCCUGACACUCUUGUAUAUAGCUUCUACUUCUUUCUCUCUCCCGAUCCACAUGUGUCUUGUCAAAUAAAAGAACAUAAGAAGUUGCAACAAGCUCAGAAAUUAUUGUUCAAUAUAGUGACGCAGCAGAACGAAGCAUUAAAGAUUUCUCUGGAUCGAAGGUCACAGCUCCUUGAUAUUCUGAUACAUGUCAACAGUUCUGAGAUUCUUAAGCAAUUGGCUCCGAUGGGUCUACAGCUUUUACAAAAGCUGGUGGAAGAUUCAAAAAAUCGACCAGCUGGUAUCGCUUUGCGAAAUAUAUUGAAACGUUUUACUAAAAACACAGUUGACGCUUUGAAGGAUGAACAAGUAUGGCUGUUGUUCACGAAGUGUAUCCUGGUACAUGAACUGUGCGCGGUUUUAGAAAGCGGCGAUCGAACGUCACCAAGUAUCAUAGUGCUAAAACAGAUAAUUGAUGAACUCUUUGAUCACAUGUCUAAAGAUCUCCAGACGAGCACUUUGUCCAAAGUGUUGGACGUAAUGAUCGAUUGCGAGAUCAAUGACGUGAUUUCUGUCGCGGGCAAGAUAAUCCAUCAGUUGCACAUUGAUGCGUCAAUCCUGGUCUCGGAGUUGGAGGCCAUGAAGAUGAGUGGUCAAAUUCAGGAGAAAUCGACAGACUCGGAGGUAACAUCGAGCGCGAAGAAGAGGAAAAGACGACAGAGCCAAAUUUGUCUAGCGCAUCCGAAAAUGAUUCACAGUCGGGCAUGGAGACGCGGCGUCGUUCUGUUGGAGUGCAUUGAGCAUGCUGUCAAUAUUGAAUGUGAGUCAAUGCUGUACAGCAUAUUGUUCGACUUGUUGAACGUUUGUUUGAGCUUAGAAGAACAGAGUCCAGUCGAAUACACGAAUCAGCUGCUUCUCUCGACGAUUUUUCGGAUGCUGAAGAAAAAAUUACCGGUGCGCGAUGCUAGUGUACAGAUUGCGCUAAUUGUCAAAUGCAUCAGAACAUCACGCAAUCCGCAAACGCAUCAUCACGCACUAUUGGUUCUGGUCGAAUUCUUGAAGAAUAUGGAUGUGAUUCACGCUCUUUUUAAUCUUAUGCCGAUUUUUACGUUUAUGGGAAGCACAAUGGUACGGCAGGACGACGCUUAUUCCAUUCAGAUCAUUUCGAAGACUCUGGAGACUGUGGUACCAAUCAUAAACGCGGCCGACAACGAUACGACACAUACCUGCGAGUUGCUAAGAACAUUUAUUGUUUCGUUGCCUCACAUUCCCGAGCACAGGCGAAUGCCGCUUUUCGUCAAGUUGCUGCAACUUCUCGACAAUCAUCUCCAUUUAUAUUAUCUGUUGACUUUCGAGAGCCAUGUAAUGAAGAUUGCAAACCAGAAGACCGAACAUCCCACGCAGUGGUUGGAUUUCGCUUUUCAAGUGUCUCAGGAAUUUCCACCGCAUAGAUUGCUUCAGAUUUGCACACAAGUAAUAGAGUUUGUCAAAAUAUUACCUAUGGAUAUCGAGGAAGAACAGGGCAGAAAGGAGGCAAUGAAAUUCCAAUACAAGCACAUUUAUGACGUGACUAAGUCCACGCCGAAGAGCCUUCGGCACUAUAAGAUAACGGCUGUGCAGUUUCUCAGUAAUCUUCUAUCGCAUGAAGACUUUAUCAAUCGCGUGGCUGUAUUGAGCCGGGACGAGGCAGACAAUAUAAACAAGCACUGCGAUCGCCUGGCAAUCGAACUGAUCCUACUGAUUCAGACCAUCUCGAAAACCGCCGAUCAGCAUCAGAAUAAACCGAGCGCCAAGUAUUGGAAGGUGCUUCUACAUCAUUUGUACGAUGUGUUGGAUUUGGUGAACAAUCUAUUGCCGAAUUCUCUGUUCCUGCAGAGUGUCAAAAAUUUAUUGAAACAUGAAAUGCUAUCGGUGAAGAAGAAAGCUUUGGAAUUACUGAACGCAAGAUUACUUCAGAAGAAAUUUAACGAGGAAGUUUACGUAGAUCUCUUGAGUUUAAUCCAACCAUUGGCGGACUUCUUCGAUGUCGAUAUAAAGGUUGAAAACCAGGAACAAGAGAUAAUUCAACAAACAGUACUAAUAUCUUUGAAGUUGCUAGGAAAAUUGUUGGCUGUUGAUCAUCCAGAUGUUUUUAGACCGGUUUUGAACGUAACGACGCAAUUGUUGCAAUCAAGAAAUGGUCCAGUAUUAGCCAAUGCAGUGUUGUGCGUUGCAGAGCUGUGCAGUUCAAUGCGAACGCACGCUUUGUACUCGUUAAAUAAGUUUGUGCCAGCAAUUUUGAAUUUGCUAAAAACUCAUUGCCACCAGAAUGUACCGGAUGUAAUAGUUAUUAGCAUCGUGAGUGCUUUGCAGAAGAUAGUGGAGUCUUUAGGGAAUUUCUUGUCGCUCUACUUAGAUCAACUUUUGUCUGAAUUAACAACGCUGAGCUCUGAGUAUAUUAACAUGGAGCAUCCUAAGGCUGGUAUCGUUAUUUCGCGUUUGAAGGCAACAACGCAGAAAUUAUCCAGUUGCAUACCUGUGCGAGUGUUGUUGCCAGCUGUCAAGGAAACUUAUCAGAUGCUAUUAAACAAGAAUGCCUACAAAUGUAUACCAUCGUUGAUGAAUGUGUUAACUGAAUCUUUUGACAGCCAGCGUCCAGCGGAACUAAAAAUGGAGAUUGACAAUCUCGCCGACUUCUUCCUCGAAGUUCUUCAAUUCCGCGAAAGAACCGAGGAUAAUAUUAAGACGAAUGAGGACAUGCAAGUUACAUUAAAAGACAUCAUCGCGGUCGAGGAAAGCACCAGUAAAGCGCUGGAGGCAUUGCUCUUGAAGUUGAGCGAAGUAACAUUUAGGCCGCUAUAUGAUAAGUUUUAUGGAUGGGCAGCGAACGAUACACAGCACAAGCAGCGAAAUAUAACGUUCUAUAGAUUAUCGGCAAAUAUAGCAGAGUGCCUAAAAUCUCUUUUUGUUUUGUUCGCUGGACUCUUUUUGAAACAUGCAGCGUCGUUGCUGAGCAGUAACAACAUGUUUGUAAUGGAUAUUCCACAGGAAUUAACACUUCUCGACGAAUCGAGUAGAAUUGAGUUGGUGGAGGCGAUUUUGUUGACACUUCACCGAGUAUUCGGUUAUGAUGUACAUAAUUUUGUCAGUCAGACCCAAUUUGAAGUUCUCAUGCAACCGAUAGUGGACCAGGUAGAGAAUACAAUGGGCACGACGGAAGAAUACGAGAGUCGAGCUAGCCGACUCAUCGUACCAUGCAUAGCUUCCUUCGCUAGCGCAAUUUCCGACGAUUCAUUGCACAAACAACUUGUUUAUCAGACGUUGCUGAAGACGAGACAUGCAAAGCCUUAUGUCAGGAGCACUGCUUUGAACGCAUUGGUGGAAAUUGCGAGAAAACUUGGUGAAGAUUUUAUGCCAUUAUUGCCGGAAACCGUGCCAUUCCUGGCGGAAAUGUUGGAAGACGAAGAUGAAGCUACAGAGAAGUGUGCACAGAAUGCUGUUCGCACGCUAGAAGAGAUUUUAGGAGAGCCUUUACAGAAAUAUUUUUGAAAUCAAUAAAGAAAUUAAUAAUUUGUUAAUAUUCUUUUCAAAUGUGAAUUACCUUGUAAAUAUGUAAAUAGUUAGAUUUUACAAUAUUAAUUUGUUUUACAAUGAAAGUUUUCCCGCAUGAAAGAGUAGAUUUUCAAUGAAAUUUAAAUAUUAAUGUUUUACUUACUUAAAAAAUGUCAUAAUUGUUAUACAGGAAAUGAAAUAAUUUUCAAAUAGAAAAUAAUGAAAUCAAGAUAUUUCUCUUAAUUGUAUUAAUGGAAUGUCGUAUGAUUCCAUGUAAGAGCAACAGACAACAACAGACUUGCAAGUAACAGCUAUUGCCAUUCCUGAAUGUGUGAAAUGUCAGCUCUACAAUUUGUGAAUUUAAAGGGCUAAUAAUUAAAAAUUACAGCCUUGA